GUAAUUUCGGGCCUUAUAUCAGAUCUCCCGGAGAGCCCGAUUCGGCGGUUGCGAUCGUCAAGGUGAUUCUGAUAAGUGCGUCAGUCGAAGAUAUCGGAAGGAACAACCGCCGCGGCGAUCGAACUUGCUCCUUUAAAAAGCAGGAAGCCGAUCGGAUUUGUGGUCGAUCGGCGCCAAGGUUUGUGGCGCUCGAACCUUUUUCCUGUCCGAGCUUGAAAUCGGCGGUCAAGAAUCGAUCUUUAGGUCUUUAACCUACUCAAAACCUCUUCAUUUCACCGCCGUCGCCGCCAUGGAGAGAUCGUCCGUGUCGGCGGACUACUGGCGGAGGUUCUUCCGCAGCAGCGGGGCUGACAUCUUCGAGGUGAUCGAGCACGCGAUCUUCGUCGCCGCCUCCGACUACCCUGACGAGUUCAGGAGCAAGCGGGACGGGAUUGUCGAGAAGUUCUACACCGUCUUGCUUCCGCCGUGUUUCGGUUGCGAUCGCGUCGCGUCGCAAGGGGCCGAGGCCGAGGAGGGGAGGGGCAGCGUGAACAGCAAGGCCGAUAGCUGCAUUGUCGACCUCGAGUUCUCCAAUCGGGCCGUCAGCAAUUGCACCGACGAGGCGGCGGCCCUCACCGCAGAGAUGGAAGAGGAAGACCGAACGCUGGAACAGGUCCUCUGGAUAAAGGACAUCCUUUCCGACCAUCAAGAUCAGUCUGAUGAUGUCUUGCUUGAGUUGCUGAGGAAGCUGCAGCUAAUGGAGCUUACUGUUGAUGUCCUCGAGAAAACCAAGAUCGGAAAGGCUGUUAAUGUUUUGCACAAACACAACUCUAAGCGAAUUCGACACCUAUCGCGAUCUCUCAUCGAUGGCUGGAAGGUUAUAGUUGAUGAAUGGAUCAGUGCUACUUCUGCCAUUACUGGGAUCUCAGACUCUCUUAAUCCUUAUGCUGAGGAUGAGGAGGCAGGGCUCCCAUCUCCUCCAUUAGACGAGGGAGCUCUGUUUGCUGCUCCUACUACCUCCAUGAUGCUUUCUGGGUUCUUUGAUGGAAUGGAUGAUGAUGGAAAUUUUAGAAACAAUAACAACCUUGAUGAGAAAUGGGAAAUUGGAAGAUACCUGGAAGAAAAUCACGGAACAGUGAAGAAACAACAGCCUGAGAAACAAUCUAUUGUUGUAGAAGAACAAGUAGAGACGAGGAGGCAGCUAGCAAAUUCCAAAGUGAAACUUCAGGCUGGAGGAAAAAGAAUCUCUAAAGGGCAAGCAAACUCACAAAACAUCGUAAGCAAACAAACCAAGCCUUUGGUUGCUGAAUCUACACAUGGUAGACUGGCAGAGCUUACCUCUGAGAAACAAAAAUGCACCCAAGUGAAAAUUAAACUGCCACGAGAUACUGCUAAACUUCAAAAGAAGCCACCAACUAUUCUACAAAAUAGAUCAAAAUGCUCUGAGGAAGAGUUAGUUCAGGCUAAGUUGGAAGCUGCAAAGCGGAAGCUUAAUGAAGGCUAUCAGCAAGCUGAAAAUGCCAAAAAACAAAGAACAAUUCAAGUAAUGGAGUUGCAAGAUUUACCCAAGCAGGCGGGCAACACUCCACAACCUCUUCAUAAAUUCAUAAAUCAAUCUAGGAAUUGGCCAAAUGGGCAGCGGCACUAGUUCGCUUAAUUAUCCAUUUAAAGUGCCGUGAAAUCCUAUGACAGACCAUUUUCUUUCAGUUGGAAUCUCUGGAGUUAGCUGCUGGGAAACUGUAUGUUCGAGCUAAGCUUUUCCUCCAAUAUAACCCAGCAAUUUCAUCCCUACCAUCAUGAAAGCAAAUGAGUUCACUUUGUUUGGGCUAGAAGGUGGAUGAAAUAAGAUAGCUGCUAACUUCUGAAAACUUGAGUUCAGAUUAGUCUAAUGCUUGAGAAGAUAUACUUUAUUUCUUUGGCUUGCAUUGACCCCCACAAGAUAUCUGAAAAAUAAAUACAGAAAUUUUGACAAACUGCCACUGUUUCUUUUCCAAUUACAAUGCUACUGAAUUGAGUGGUGGUUCCUAAA